AAACGAUUCAGAUCUCCCUCACUCAUCCCGACUGAAAUCGCGAUUCCUCUCUCUGGCUGAAAUCGCGAUUCGCGAUCUCCCUCGCUCACUCUGGCCGCCAGUUCUCCGACUUCCCUCACUCACUCCGGCCGCCAGUUCUCCAAUCUCCCUCUCUCACUCCGGUGUCAUUUCUCCGAUCCUCCCUCACUCACUCCGGUGUCAGUUGUCCGAUCUUCCUCGCUCCGUUAUUGACAGGCGAUUGUUCGAUAUCGCUCGCUCGCUCCAGUUGAAAGGUGAAUCUUCUAGUCUCCCUCGCUCUCUCUCUCUCCAUGGCUCGCUCUCUGAUUUCCUCACUUGCGCUAGCGAGCUCAUUCUAGUUAGGUUACAGAUCUGCCUUAGCUUCCCAUAUCUGCCUUAGCUUCGCAUAUCUAUGUUCUUGUUUGCCUGAGAAACCAACAUAUCUGCCUUAGCUUCGCUUAUCUCAGCAACAUAACUAUAUAUCCAUGGCAAAAGUGAAUAGAAUUUGUGUCCUGGGUGUUGGUAUCAAUGUUGGUUAGUGAAAUCGGAGAAAUAUAGGUUUAGGUUCAGAACAAUCUAGGUUUAUGUUCCAUUUUUUUGUCUGUUUAGAUUGUAGGGUUGUAGGAUCUUUUUGCCAUGGCCACUGGCUACUGCAACAAUCUGCUGCUCGUGGCAUAGGCGUGAAGCUGGACCAACUAGGUCAUAUUUAGGACUCCAUUAUCAUCCGCACUAAUAUGAUCAGUGAUCUAUUAUGUGUAUUCCGCUGUGGUGCUAGUAGAAAUGCCAGAAAUAUUGUAGUUUUUAGCAAGUUAAAAUCGUGUCUUACCUAAUACUUCCAGUGCCAAUAUGACCUUUGAAAUUAGCUUCAGUUAAAAGUUAAAACACACCGUCACAGCACAUGACUUGUUACUACUGACUGGCGUAGGUAUAUAAUAUGGUUUAGUUUUGGGGUUGAGGUUGUUAGGAUUAAGCAUUCAAACCGGUUAAUCAAUCAUUAUAAGUUGCUCAAAACCCAUUACUGUGAUGAAGUGUUGUUUGACUCCCUAGCUAAUGUUAGGUUGUUGGAGGAAGCACAUAUAUAUUACUGUAGCUGGGUAAUGGACAUGCACAGCACAGUAGUAGUGGAGAAUAAUAAGGUGCAGAACAAAAACCUUGUAUGUGAUAUUGCUUUUGGGGAGGGAGUUUAUGUGACGAUGUCUAAUGAAUAUUACAUGGUUAUAUUCUUGAUUUUCAGGAAUGACAACUACCGAUAAAGCUACUCAUAGUCAUAGACCAUAUUGGAAAGUUCAGGUGAUAGGUAAGAUGAAUUAUAACCUUUUCUUGAUUCUAAAGCUCGGGUGAUGCAGAAGUUUGUUUUCAUGUUUGAAUCCCAAGACCAGAGAUGUUUGUGUAAGAACAUUUUCCCUUCUAAUUUUCUGGUGAUGAUGUUUGUUUUCAUGUUUUUAUGAACACGGAAAGGAAAAAGGCAGCAGCUGCUGGUGCUUAUGCUUUGAUAAAUAAUAUAGGCAGAGUUUGUUUUCAUGAUUUUAUGAACACGGAAAGGAAAAAGGCAGCAGCUGCUGGUGCUUAUGCUUUGAUAGAUAAUAUAGGCAGAGGCAAGAUCUAAACUAAUGGUCCAUUCAACUUCAUUAUAAGGCUCGUAGGAAGGAAAAACAACUGUUGUUGGUACAAUUGUUGAUAACUAUGUUUGUUUUCAUGUUUUUGGUGAACAUUGGUGUAGGAAAAAAUUGUAGAACUUGAAGCAACAGGUGCUAUGCCAAAGCAAGCAGCACCUAAUGAUUCUUUAGGCCAAGUUUUGGGCAAAGAACAUUCAGGUAGGAUGCGUGAUAUGGGGGCUGGUGUUGUUCCGUCUGAGACCUUUAGUUCUAGCUCGUCUGGAUAUGUCGGAGAAUCAUCACAUGCUGAUUUUGGAAGUGAGCAAGUUUUGUGGUCUAAGUUACAACAAAGCUUGAAGAAGAAUGAGAAGUAUGAAGAGUGGUUUGUCAAGAUUUUUCAGCACAUGAAUGUCCCUAUGCCAUUGGAGCUGGCUAUGUUAGUAGAACAACAUCCUCUUGACUCCACUGGUCAGCAUUCUGGCCACUCUUCGACUAGCGGUCCGAGACAGCAGGGGUAGAACUCCUUAACAGGUACUACUUGAAUCGAGAAAUGGAGGGAAAAAUAGGCUUUUUUUUUCUUCUUAAAUGAGUGCAUUACGAAAGCAAGCUCAGCUUCUCUAGCCAUCCGAAUAGCUUCAGUUUCAAUACCACUCCAACCUAGGCAAAAUGAUCGGUGAAGACUAAUCUCAUGUUCUUUUUCUCUUUCUGGUGUUUCAGGAUUUUGUUCUUCAUUCAACAGACCUCCUGUCAUGAAAGGUUAGCAUCUAGUUCCUGGAUUUCGCUUAUUUGAACCAAACUUUCGGUUGUUUCUUUUAUGAGAUCCUAGUCCUUAAGUUGUGCUAGGAAUAAAGGGGUAGAAAAGGGUGAUGCAGAAACGCAGUUUGUAGUAUUGGUGGGAGCUGGGAAUGAACAAUGCUAUGGAACAGUUAGAGAUUGCAGGGGUGAGAGCUGGCAGAGAGAGAGAGAGAGAGAGAGAGAGAGAGAGAAGGAAUGAAUGAAUUGAAGGAGGGAGGGACUCAAAUUCGGAAGGUGGGAUUUGGUUUUGUUUAAGGGAAGUAAAACAUAUCAUCGUCAUCAUUCAUCAGAGGGAGGAGAUCCAAAUGGAGAAGAUAAUUAGAUAACCAAACAAUUUAAUAUUAUUUUAAGCUCGGGUGAUGCAGAAGUUGCAAGUUUGAAACGAUUUGUAAUUAUGGAUUUGUGACUGGAUCUUUGUUGUUGUUUUGUUGAUUUACAGGGCUGCAAGUUAAUGAAGGGCUUCAGUGGUAAACUCAGUUUUUAGUUUGAGAUAGUAUUCAACUUUAGAUUGUAGGUUUUGAACUUUUGUAAGUGGUUUGAUUGAUUUACAAUUCUGGAUUUGAGAGAUUUUAUGGUACUUUUGUAAGGAUUGAUGGUUUGAUUUACAAUUCAAAGGGUUAUGAAUGGAUUUACAAUUCUUGAUUUGUGAUUAUUAGAGUAGUGUGUUGCUGAUUUGAUGUUUAGAAAAUGAUUUGUGAUCAUUAGAGUAAUGUUAAAUCACAGCAGGCUAGGGCUGUUAUUGUUUGGGAAGGUGGUUCCUUAAAAUACUGUAGCUUUUAGCGACGGUCGUACUCUGUCGCUAAAUAAUUUUAACUAUUGCUGGGAUAUUUAUUUGACGACGGUUGUCUGGAAAAUUACGUCGGUCACCACCGUCGUUAAACUUUAGCGACGGUCAGCGCGACGGUCGACCAAAACCGUCGCUAUAAAAUUUAAGGACGGCG